GUUCUGCAGAGGACCCAGUCUCUUCCAGGAGCCACGAAUGGUGUGCUGUGAAUGUUUGUUAAAGGAACGGCCUGUUUAAGUCCAGCCUCAGUUAUAAAUUUACAGGAACUUAACUUUGUGCCAUGGUAAACAGCAGCAGCUACAAGGUGGGUAAGAAAUCACUUGCUAGACAGCUCUAUCAAAUCUAACAGAGGCACAAGAGAGCUGAAUUUUAUGAGGAGGUGUCAUCUGAAGAAGCGGAGUUUCUGAAUCCUGCUGUCAGGGUUGCCUCAGAACGCGAAGAUGAAUGCUUCAGUGGAAGAAGAGAGUGGCUGCGCACUCUGAAUUUCCUGGCAUGGAUCUGUAUGAGGAUUACAAAUCACCCUUUGAUUUCAAUGCCGGAGUGAACAGAAAUUACCUUUACCUGUCGCCUAGCAUAAACCUUUCUCCGCCCGGAUCACCUACACUGGUGAAGUCUGGGCUGCUGAGAAGUGAUUCUAUACCUGAGGUUGGAGAGGAUGCUGCUGCUACCGUUGGCAUGGCAGAAACACUGUCAGAAGAAGAACAGGAUGAGCUAAGAAAAGAGCUUGCUAAGGUGGAAGAGGAAAUCCAAACGCUCUCACAAGUGCUAGCUGCCAAAGAGAAGCAUCUAGCAGAAAUCAAGAGAAAGCUGGGAAUUAACUCAUUACAGGAACUAAGGCAGAACAUUACCAAAAGCUGGCAAGAUGUUACGUCAACCACAGCGUACAAGAAAACAUCAGAAACCCUGUCUCAGGCUGGUCAGAAGGCUUCUGCUGCCUUUUCAUCUGUUGGUUCAGUCAUAACCAAGAAGUUUGAAGAUGUCAGACUACAGGCAUUUUCACAUUCCUUUAGUAUACGCUCCAUACAACAUUCAAUUAGCAUGCCUAUUAUGAGAAAUUCUCCUACUUUCAAAUCCUUUGAGGAAAAAGUUGAAAACUUAAAGUCUAAAGUUGGAGGAAGCAAACCUGCCGGGGGAGACUUUGGUGAAGUUCUCAACUCUGCUGCCAAUGCCAGUGCCACAGAAACUAUUGCGGAACAGACACAGGAGGAGACCCACUGAGAUUCCUGCCUCUGUCCUGCUACCCACUGCCAGAUGCUGCAAGCAAAAACUAAGCACACUCCUAACAUUCUUUGCGCUCUCUCCACCAGAUGUGCUUUUAUUUAGCACGUAGCUAUUUUACCAGAUUAACUGAUACCAGGCUUGUUUGUGAAUUCAAAAUAUUUUUGAAACUAAAAUACAUUGUUUGGGGUUUUGUGUGGGAAGGGGAAUUUUUAUGCCUUUCAAGCAUUUAAAGGACUUAUCUGUAAUUUGAAGGCAACCUUUAAAAUAUAGCAAUGAAAAAACUCUUUUGAGAAGUUAAUUAUACUGUACAUAUACUGUGGAUACCUAAUUUGUUUUGAAUCUGUAACUACUGCUCCACUUAAUCAUUAUGAAUCUACUGCUGCUGCCAAACUGAAGCUUGUUACUUCACUCCCUUAUGACUAUUUCAGUUAAGUGUUGCCUGCACGGGACACUGGACUAGGAGGUUCGCCCCCAGCUAAAGCAAGGACUUCUGCAGGCCUUAAACAAGUUACUCAUAGCAGGAUGACACAGGGGUAGGGACGUACUGUCUCAGGAGUGUGUUCCUCAUACAACAGAUGUGGAUAGGGUAAUAUGU